CCUUAACAUUCAACUACAGCAAUGGAAAUCCCAACGUAUUUUUCUUCCUUUGUGUUUUCUUUUAAAAACGCAGGAGGAAGGAACAACUUUAUUCUGAACAUUCAAGCUCUACGUUGGCAAACAUCUUUACGUAAGAAAAUGUCACCAAUAGCGUAUUUCUUAUUUGUUUUGCUGUUCUUCAUAGGAAGUGCAGAUAGCAAACAUUCGGAGAAGGAUGAAUUAAUUACACAACCAGAGGACUCAUAUAGUAGGGGCAUUGAAAGACAUCGAUAUAAAAGGGGUCUUUUUGGAGUUGAGCAUGAAUACUUCCGGCAAUAUUUCCAAGAUAAAGGACUUCUUCAAAAUUAUUUAAACGCCAGAAGAGAUGGAAGAAUAACAAAUUGGAGGUCGUUGGGCGAUGGAUCAACUUCAUACACUGACGCCAUUCGAAGAUCUACAAAUUAUUAUAAAGUUCAAGCAGAAAGCGGUCGAAAUGUGGAUGGCCAAUUAAGACGGGUCGAACAGAUAGUAGAUGAGCGGAUCGCCCGAGCUAGCCGUUACGGAGGCCCAGAUCGGGGACAUAGUCAUGCGAUCAACAACUGGCGAAAUGGACAGGAGCAAAUUCAAGGAGGCCGGCGGACCUACUUGAACAGGUGUGGUGGGUCUAAUGGGCGCAAAAAAAGAGGAAUCGGCUCAUUAUUCCGUGGCAUUGCACGUCUUUUAGGUCGCCGAGGUUUUCGACGUACACGUACUAGCCUUAGACGCACAAGCACUGUCAGAAGAAUGAGAUGUUGACCAAGAGAAAAAUGAGAUGUCGACUCUUUCAACAUGGCUAGAAGUUUAUGCAUCAAUUCAUGACAAACACAAUAUUGCAAAUUGAACUAUGAUAUAUUCUGUUAAAGUCUUAUAUAGCAAGCUUUAUGUAUUUCCUUUACUCAACUAUUUUUUCAAUUAUUACUCUGUAUUUUUCGUGUAAUUAAGCGUAUUCAAAAUCAAUUAUUUCCUCAAUAAAAUUUCACUAUGA